AUGGUUGAAAUUACCUAUCAAAACACAACUUUCACUUUUCCUGUGUACUCAACAAAACUCAACGUUUCAGAUGCUUUCAAAAUUCCCGAAGAUUUUUUCUAUUUGACUGACAAGGGUGGUCGUUACAAAACGACAUUGCGGAAUGGAGAUAGUUUAAGAAUUAAUAUUCGAGGGGCGGGAGGAAAAGGGGGAUUUGGCGCACUUUUGAAGGACAGCUCGCAACGUGUCGCGAAGGAGAAGUUACCCGAAGAUUACUUUGACAUGUCCCGUGACCUUGAGACGGGGAAGCGAGUGUAUAAAAUUCGCGAAGAGGCUGAAAAGGAGGAGAAGAAGCAUUUAGAACAAGUCGAAAAGGCGAUCGUUGAAAAGCGCGAGGAACAACAAGAGAAAGAGGUCUUAACACAAAAGCAACAUCAGAUAGAGAAGACGGAACAAACUAUAGAAAAACUUCGAACACAGAUCCGUGAAGAUAUCAAAAUAGGAGGGAUGAAAAGAAAACGCCCUAUAAGGGGUGUCGUUCCGCCAAAAAUUGGGAUAACUCAAGACGGAACGCCAGACACACGAGAUUUUGUGGAUGAGUUGGAUCCAUUUUAA